CAGAAUACACAGAAUAAAAGUCAGAGCACACAGAGUACAGCUCAGACCUUAGCUCCUCACACUCUGUUGGAAACAACUGCUUCGAAAGCUAUGUCCACCCAAAGCACAAGUGUGACUUUUCUGAUUGGGACCAUUGCCAUCGUGUCCCUAAUCAAACCUGACUGUGUAGCUGUCAAAGAAGAUGAAAGUGGAUUUAAACUGUGUGUCACCUCAAGGCGAGGAAUGAGAGACCUCUCCCAUCAGAAUCUAGCAAGUGUUCCCUCAAAUCUUCCCAAUGACACGCAGUAUCUGGAUCUUUCUUACAACUCCAUCCAAAGACUGAACGGAGCUCCGUUUUCUGGACUGUCCCAACUCUGCUAUCUGACGGUAACUAACUGUGGCUUGCGAGAAAUUUCUCCUGCUGUGUUCAGUCACACACCAGCACUCAAAGUUCUCAACAUAUCUUACAAUGAGUUACCCAUCAUCCCGGACAUUUCAUUGAAAUGGCUGAAAAUCCUUGAUUUGGCUAACAACCUGUACAACAGCUAUCGAAUUCCAGCAUCCUUUCAGAAGCUAAUGAAUCUGGAUGUGCUGGUGUUAGGUAGUACAGCUGCUCUGUCAAUCAACUAUGAUGACUUUGAUCCACUGACAAACGUUUCUCUACAUCAUCUGACUUUGGGAGCAGGAAUUCACUGGCAAAACUAUGAUUCUGGUGCUCUCACAAAACUGAAGUCUCUUGAAACUGUGUCAAUUUUUGCACCUUUUUGUGGGGAUUUGAAUACAUUUGAGAACGUCCUCGUGGACUUGAAUGUGACAAAAGCAACAUCACUGAGAUUCAUCACUCUAUUUCCAGACGACUGCAGUGACACUGGCAACCUUUUUAAAAACCUGAGGACAAUGCCAUUUAUAAAGAAUCUCACCAUAGAAAACACUUGGAUGAACAGCUCAUUCAUGGAGGCGUUUCUGAAGAAUGUGUGGCUCUCCUACCUUUAUGAUCUCUCAUUUGUCAACAUCACUUAUAGUGAAGAUACACCGGACGGGUUUCAGUUUCGCACCAUUAAUCACACAAUCAACCUAUCCUCGAUUACCUUCAAUGGGAUAAAUCACUAUCAAUACAAAUACCCCACGUUCAACAUGAGCUUUGAGGCCAUCUCAAAUCUGACCUAUUUAAAGUUCUCUGGGACUGGGAUGAACAUUUUACCCUGCAACCUGUUAUCCGCCUUGCCCUCCCUGGAGACAUUGGACCUGUCAGAUAACCUCUUGCCGGAUUCAGGCUUCUGGUGGAUUCAUUGUUCAUACACCUCCGUCUUCCCUAAACUCAAGAGACUAUCUUUAAGCAAGAACCGCUUCAGCAGUCUUUCCUUUAUCUCUGAGAAGACGCAUCAGAUGAAGACAUUAGAAUCUCUGGACCUCAGCUUUAACUCCAUCAGCUUGGACGGGGACUGCUCUUGGCCUGCUCAGCUGACUGAGCUCAGCCUGGGAAACAACAACCUGGGCAACAGUGUCUUUAAAUACCUCUCAGCAAACUUUGAGAGGAUUGACUUGUCAAAGACGGGAAUAACAGCCAUAACGAAAGAGGAUCUGUCUCGGUUUCCCAAUCUGACACACCUCCAACUCAGCUCCAACAGCAUCCAGGUUAUCCCUGCUGAUCUCAGCGCCCCGGCUCUGCUCAGUCUCUACAUAGACCAGAAUGCUAUCACGACUAUAUCCAGGGAGGGCUUGGCAGGACUUCCCAGGCUUCAGACCCUCAAAGCUGGAGGCAAUCCGUUUGUCUGCUCAUGCGACUCCCACUGGUUCGUCACUGUUCUCAACAAAUCUAUGCUACUCGAUUGGCCCUUCGAUUAUACAUGCAGCACCCCGCCAGCUUUUGCAGCUCUGCCACUCUCAGAGUACAAAACCAGUGAGCUGUCAUGUGAGAUGUGGCUUCAAGCUGCAGUUGCUGUUCCUGUAAUAAUCCUCAUAUGUGCUGCGAUAGGUCUUGUUUUCUAUAAAUGUGAUGGAGUGUGGUAUACUAAGAUGUUAUGGGUGUGGAUCAGGGUGAAGAGGAGAGGCAAGAAGCGCUCUAACAUGUUGAAGAAUGUAUCAUUUAGUUAUCAUGCGUUCAUCUCCUACAGUCAUCAGGACUCUGACUGGGUAGACAGCCAGCUGGUGCCAUCUCUGGAAGGCGCUGGGUGUUCACUCUGUGUUCACGAGCGCGACUUCGUCCCUGGUGAGUGGAUCAUAGACAACAUCAUCAACUGUGUGGAGUCCAGUUACAAGACGCUGUUCGUCCUCUCCAAACAUUUUGUCCAGAGUGAAUGGUGCAACUACGAGCUCUUUUUUGCCCAGCACAGAGCCAUCAGUGUCCAGCGGGACUCUUUAGUCUUCAUAUUACUGGAGCCCAUUCCAGCUGACUCUCUGCCCAAGAAGUUCUUGAGACUCAGGAGUUUACUGAGGCAGCAGACAUACCUGGAGUGGCCCAAGGAUGAACGGAAGCAGCAGGUUUUCUGGGCAAGUCUUAAAUCCAUGCUGCAUAUGGCAGACACAUCUGUGGUUAUGAAGGAUGUGGCUUUGGCUAUUGCAGAUACAGUACCUUUACUUACAGAUCAAGUCUAAGACUUCAGCAGUCUGAGUUAGACAAAUUGAGUCUGUACUUUCCAAAGACAGUGUCUUUUUAAUGCAAGAAAUGACUCUUUGUGCUUCAAUACUGUGUUUCCUUGCUUAUCUGUUACAGAGAGCAAGUAACACAAAGUGGAAAUUCGGCAAUUUGUCCCUCAUCGCUUGCAGUUAAAUUGCUUUGAAAGAGAAUCUCUUUGCAGUCAGCAUGGACAGGAGGAACUGUUGCAGCUACCAGUAUUGUUUUCAGUGUACUUACAGGCAUGUGAGUAUUGUAUUAAAACGAGACUUGAACAAAUGUGAACCUAUCCUAUAACCACAAACUGAAGAUGACAGAGUUGGUUCUUCAUCUAUGAUUACUGUAAAUCUGACAUUAUGAGAAGUUGUACUGUAAAUACAGAUUGACAGUUGUAGAUAUCUAUGUAUAUAUAUUAUGACCUGUGCUACCCCUCUGAAUAUGUAUGUGUAUGGUGUGUAGGAGUAUCCAAAGAGUAACACUUCAGCUGCAUUUUGUGAAAUUGCCUCUCUGGAUUGAUAA